UCAAUCUCAGAGCAGCUGAACGCCGCUAAGGUUUUUCCUCCCAUCUCCGGGAACCUGCGCAGUCCUGUGUCGCGUGUUGCUCUGGCAUUUCGUUUCUGCACAUAAGUUUUCAUUUCAUCUGCCGUAGCGAGACACAGAACGCGUUCAGUUUUCUCAAAGAUACCCAUUUAAGAAAACCAACACCAGAAAUCUAAAGAACCGUCGCACAUUUGCGUUCCAGCGAUCAGCAGCGAUUACGAUGUCUGGCGAAGACGCACCUGCUCAGGAGCAGAAAGCUGAGGAUCAGAAGCAAGAAACCAAAACAAGCGAACAGCCUAAAACUGAAUCUAAACCGGAGUCCAAGUCGACCACCGAAGCUCCGGCUGCAUCGGCUACGGCGACAGCAGCAGAUAAGCCUCCCGAGGAGGAGGUUUUCACCUACCGGUCCUUGGUACUCUCCGGCCAUGGAGGCUAUGAUAAAGUCAAGUUGCAGGUGAAGAAGGGCAAGCCGGCUCCGAAGAAUGGAGAGGUCGUGGUGCGAGUCAAGGCGUGCGGACUUAACUUUGCAGAUCUGUUGGGAAGACAGGGGUUGUACGACCGCCUGCCAUCUCCACCCGUCACGCCCGGAAUGGAGUGCUCCGGAGUGAUUGAGGCUGUGGGAGAAGAAGUAACAGACAGAAAAGUGGGUGACAAGGUGUUCGUGUUAAACCGGUUCGGGAUGUGGCAGGAGGUGGUGACGGUGGCGGCCAACCACACUUUCCUCAUGCCGGAGGGGAUGGGCUUCGAGGAGGCCGCUGCCCUGCCUGUCAACUACAUCACAGCCUACAUGAUACUGUUCGACAUGGGCAACCUGCGGCCCAACCAGAGCGUGCUGGUCCAUAUGGCUGCAGGCGGCGUGGGCAUCGCUGCCACCCAGCUGUGUCACACGGUGAAGGACGUGACCGUGUUCGGCACGGCGUCUGCCAGCAAGCACGAGACCAUCAGUGAGGGAGGGGUCACGCACCCCAUCGACUACCGCACGCGGGACUACGUGGAGGAGGUCCGAAAGAUCAGCCCCAAAGGUUUGGAUAUUGUACUGGAUCCGUUGGGAGGCUCCGACACCCACAAGGGUUAUAACCUGCUAAAGCCCAUGGGGAAGCUUGUCACUUACGGUGCCGCCAACGUUCUGACCGGCCAGAGGAAGAACCUGCUGGCCAUGGCUAAGACCUGGUACAACCAGUUCUCGGUCAACGCGUUCAGCCUCAUGCACUCCAAUAAGUCCAUGUGCGGCUACCACCUGGGCCACCUGGAUGGAGAGUUCGAGCUCAUCUCCCAGGUGGUGGCCAAACUGCUGGACCUCCACGCGCAAGGCAAGAUCAAACCCAAGGUGGACUCUACCUGGCACUUUGAGCAGGUGGGUGAUGCGAUGAGGAGGAUGCAGGAACGGAACAACAUCGGCAAGGUCAUCCUCCUGCCUGAGCCCAAGAAGGAGGAACCCAAGAAGGAGGAGGAAGAGAAGAAAGAGGAGAAGAACGAGGAGAAUAAAGAGGAGAAGAAAGAGGAGAAAAAGGAGGAGCCAAAGAAAGAGGAGGCCAAGAAAGAGGAGAAACAAGAGGAGCCCAAGAAGGAGUGAAAUGUAGAUUCGGGGGUGCCCCUGCCUGGCGAAUGGGGAAGGUGCAGGUUGUUGUUUUUAUGGGGUGAGGGACUGAGGGUUGGGCCCUUGUUUAAUUUUUACCACAGUUUGAGUCACCACAGAUCAUCUUUCUGCUCUCCUCUCCUGUCCUGCUGGGGAAUCACUGCCCUGGGCUGCCCCACCCCCCUCCCCACAAUGGUCCUCCUACACCAGGGGGCAAUUAAUCCCUCAAACGCUCUCAUACAUUUGCCCCCUUAAUUGGACAUGCGAUCAGAUAUUUUAGUAAUCCUCUCCAUGAUUAAACCCUUAAAUCUGAUCCAUGUGGAACAGGAACCCCCCACACUCUCCCCAUUGGCUUAGACUGCGGAUGAGUUCUACCUGCCACACUUCCCUUUUUUUUUUUUCUUUAAAUGUUCCCGCCCACCCCCAAUAUAGCACCCCCUCCCCCUCCUUUCUCACAAUGCUCCCAGACUCGCAGACAGACCGAACCCUCUGACACCCUCACCUUAUCCGACCGUCUUCAGAACCUUCGCGGUUGUGACGUCACACACGGUAGCCGUGGCUGCGUCAGCAUUGUAGGUGAUUGGCUGUUGGCUGCCCAGAGAUAGUUGCUUGCACAUAAGCUUAUUGGCUACCCCCCUCUGAGGAGUAGAUAUUUUUCGCUGAAGCAUGUUUUGGCCUGUUAACUGAGUGGAUACUUAGCCAUUUCAUUUCAGUUAUAAUCAAUCACAACUUUUUGCCUGUUUCACCCUAAAAUGAUGAGUAUUUAUGUUACAUUCACAUCCAGUAAGCGGUGUUGUCAUGUUGAAUGUAGUGUUAUGGUAUUUCUUUGGUAAUUGGAUGACAUUAUCCCUUUAAUCUCAGUAUUGUUAAGACCUGUACUUUUUUAGGUGAGUUCUUACGCAGAAUUUGCUUAAUGAACGAUUGGAAUUGCCUGAAAACAUUUCUAAAAACGAACCAUUUGUUGUUUUUUAAAAAAGUGAAUACUGGCUGAGAUGUUAUCGCUCGUUGUUGCCAUCGGCUGUAGUUUGCAGGCAAAAAUGCGGUUUGAUCUCAAAUUUUAUUCCUGCUGGUCUAUUGGGAUCCUCCUCUGGUGCUCUGUUUCCUGGACCGUUUCCCAUAAUUCUCCUGUCUCGCCUCGGUGACAUUUGCUUGUUGUGCUGCAGCCAGGGAAAAAGCCAGCUAGAAAAAGACCGAACCUACCCUAGUGAUGAGUCUCAGCCCCACCCUUCCUCCUCUGUCUCUCUCCGUUUUCCCCUCUCUCCACCCCCCCCCCCCUUCCUCGGGUCGGCAUAGCAACAGGCAUCCAGCUCAUCAGAGAUGUUAGCGAGGUACGACACACUCUCUCUCUCUCCCUCCCUCCCUCCCUCUCUCUCUCCCUCCAUCCCUCCCUCUCUCCCUCCCUCCCUCUCUCUCUCUCUCUCUGCCAGAGGCUGUUCGUCAUGUAUGACUCAUUCCCCGUUACAUGCAAAGGUCCAGCCAGUUCAGGAUUAAUACCUUACUAUGUGAAGCUUUCAUGGUUUUGCACAAAUAAGUUUAAUUGUAUUGACUCAGAGCUUCACCUCUCCUCCCCCACCACCACCACAACAACCCCCGCUCUCUGUUCCAAGUAUUGCGCCUCUCCCCAGAGCAGUCCCCGUCAAGAUAUACAGAAAUAUGAUUAUUUUUACUAACGUCUCCGUGGUCGCCAGUGUUUGGUGUCCAAUCUAAUCUGUACACCAUCAUAUAUUUAUGUUGGUUCUGUUAGGUCUGUCUGUGGGUCUGGGUCCGUCUGGUCUGUGGUGGCUCUUUAGUAAAGAGACUGAAAAGGUGUGUUGCCAGUUGUUUUAGCAUGAGCUGCUUCACUCAUGUUUUGUGAGUGUGUUGUGUGUGUGUGUGUGUGUGUGUGUGUGUGUGUGUGUGUAUGCAUGUGUGUGUGUCCUGAGAUCUAAAACACUCUUCUCCUUAGCCACUCUUCCUCCAAAUCAUUCCAGGAUUUUCUCCCAUUAUAUAUUCAAAAUGACUGCUCUCUGUUCUGAGGUCUGGGUAGGGCUGCCUUAGCUGGCUCUGUUCUGAGGUCUGGGUAGGGUUGCCUUACCUGGCUCUGUUCUGAGGGCUGGGUAAGGCUGCCCCGCUGGUACUGUGCCCAUAGGGCUGGCUACGUUUGGGUGUUUUGCACUCUCCCAACCAGCCGUGUUGCACUUCCAGGAUUAACUGGCGCUCUUAACGGCAGUACGCCCCGGGCCUUUCCAGCCGUCUUUACAGCCAGCUGUGAUUCAUAAGGUGUUCACCAGGAGCUGAAUUUCCCUCACGGGAUAUUCGCAGCACCCCCUGGUGGUGAUGUGUGCACAUGAACGAGAGCUCGUAAACCCCUGCAGGGUCUCGUCUCCAGCCCCUGGUUCUGGCUGUAGCUCAGCGGUGCCUGCUGAGAUGAAAAUUUGACAGGGCAGAAAACUUCCCCUUAAAUUGAUUAUGGUUUUCAAACCGUUUUCAGUCGUUUCCCUUGAUUGACAAUUGUUAAUUCACUGGUUCAAAAUAGGGCUUAGGUGGUGACUUGGUACUCAGUCCGGCUUUACUGCUGUGUACUUACUGUGAACUCGAUGUGUUGCCUCCCUGUGUUUGGCUACAUUUAUAAUGUAAAGUCUGCAAGAGACAUCAUAAUACAUUAUAGUACAUGGCCGGGCUAUGAGAAAUGAAACUCAUAGCAUAAGUGACAAAUUGGAAUGAUGAACUCAAGUAUAUUAUUCAAUAUUUUUAAAAUACGUGUAGGCCUACUCUUUGUUCUCCGUACUCACACUGAUAAUAUUCAUGCCAAAAUUCAGCAAUGUGCGGAUUCUGACAUUUAAACGAUCUCCUAUAAACUAUCUCCGAUAGUUAACCAAGUGGUUAAAGUUAACCAACCAUGUUUUUCCGUUAAGUGUAUGUCGCGAUUAGAACUGACCUUUCUUCAUUGAUUUUGUCAUUUAAUCCCCCUCACAUGAUGUGAAGAAUGAAGCCGUUUGUUUACCUGCCCAUUGAUUAUUCAGAUCCUUCGGACACUUGUUUUUCAAGGAAAAUGAAGGCCUGUUUUUUUCAUUCUGCCCCGUCUAUUUUCAGCUCACCAACCACCUCUGUGUUUAGGAGAAGGAGUAACUGUGUUUAUCUGGUUUUGGGAGUAACUGUUUAUCUGGUUCUGUUCUUUUUCCUGCUUUUUUGCUGGGUUUUCUGUGUUCCUGUGGAUGGUGUAGUGCAGCGUGAUUAACAAGUGCUAAAGUGAAGAAUGUUGUGAUUUAUGUACAUUGUUACUUUUAAUUUCUUUUGUUUCUCUUUGUACACGAGGGUUUAAAUUCAAAGUGACAUGCUCUUAAUGGGGACCUGCCGCAGUGCAUUCCUUCAGAGUGACCGCAGUUGUACUUCCUCAAAGGCCUUGACCAAGUGUGCCAAAUCAUGUGUGCGCCCUUCUUGACUUCGCUUUGACAACAAGCCAUUUCUUUUUUUUUUUUUUUUACUUUUUCUCCAAUUGUGUUGCUGCCUCCAUAGCACAUGGAUACCCUUUCUGUGACCAAAAACAAAAAAAACAUAAAAAUUCUUGCACUCUGUAUGGUUUCUCUCUUAAAUAUUUGUGUUGGCUGACUUUUUUUUGCUGCAGCUGAACUCCAGUUCCAUCGCUGUAAUUCUCCCUUUGCCAAACUGUCAAGCAUUCCCAGUGCCUCUUUUGUGACGAAUGCCAGAUUACCUCCUCAAACUUUCCAGCCCCUGUGGGAUCUUCCUGCACUGCUUCCAGAUGAGCGCAAAGGGUAGACCAGGUGACUCGCGUAAUGCACAGUGUUAAAACGGUCAGUGUUAAAUCAAGUCUGUCAGAGUGAUUUUCCAAAGUAGAUAAUUAGACGACCUAUUAUCCACUGUGGACUAAUGGUAAAGACUUUCGGCCCAUAAUAAUAUCUUACUUUUCUCAAACGCAAACCUGCGAUGGGUCCGGUCUGAAUGUCUUGAGCGUGCCGCGGUGCAUUAUGGGUAGGCCGGUCAAGCACGCUGACGUGCUGCCUUGCGGCUGAGCGCGUAAAAUGCACGAGAGCUUUAGCGUAGUCCGCUAAACACGGCAUCGCAUGCCAAGCUUCCAUACGGCAUCUCCACAUCCUCAUCCUGUUGCUCUGGAGAGGGUUCGGGCAGUGAGGAGGAGGAAGCAGAUGCUCGCUCCAGCUGCGGAGGUCAGUCACGAGGGAACGCUGGCUCCUCAGCCAGACGCGCGUCUCCACGCCCAAAUUCCGCUUCUCCUCUGGCCGCCAGACAUUCUUUCAGGUUGUCAACUCGCAAAAAAAAAAAUAAGAAAGGAAACCUCAAUUUUAUUUACGUAAUUUGAAUUCUCCCAGCGUGAUUUUUCCUGCUUUAAUUGAGACCAAAUGGCCGGGGCCUUAGUUGGGGUGGGGCUAGAAAGUGACUGGAUUCUUACAAGAUGGCUUUCGGAUGAGCCAAUCUCCCCCACCCUCCCCCCCGGCCCCUAAGGCCUAAUGGCUUUUCCAGCCCUGUUAUUCUCUAUCCUUCUGCAGCCUGCUAGCCAAGGCCAGGUCACGACUCUAAGCUGGGUCUGAACACACCCAGUGUCAAAUUCUGGUCAGGAACAGCACUGCGACAUCCUUCCAACCAGCAGUAAAGUAGACCUGGCUUUGGAAAUUAAAUGAAGCAAAUCUUUUGGCUGAGAUUAGUACCUCAAAACUUGCGUCAGCUGUACUGACGCAACCAGUGAACUGAAUGAAACGCAUUACAUAUUUGGCUAUAAGCAGUAUGUUUUUGGUAUUUUCUUUCGUUUAAUUCACAAUUAGGCUGAUCAUAAAAUACUCGUAUUUUAGGGUUCGGGUAUUUACUGGCCCCACCACUUCAAAGGUAUGCUUGUCCAAUCCGAAUUUAACCGUGGGCUAAAACAAGAAAACAAGAUCUGAACCAAGUGCUUAGAAACAAGCUCUUCUGUCUGGAGAUUCUGGUUUUGUGUGAGCGGCAGCCCUUCGGACAUAAAAUAUUCUCACAAAGCUACUGGAACGUUCUGUCAAUAUUAUAACAUUGGCGCUACAUGACAGCCACGUCGUGAUGUUUUGUAUUCCCUGGGGGUGCGCCGUUUCCCUGUUCUAGUUCACCGCGUUGUCUCUGGCCUCUCACAGCUGCGCGGCUGUGCCAAAGCAGAGUGUGUGCGGAGGCGUAGGUGCCAAACCGAAUGGGGGAACGUGAGAUGCACCUGUCACACAGUCUGCGUGAAACAGGCCAAACCCCCGUCAGACAAAACAUAGGCUGACCACCAGGUACUUCCAUCCGCCGGGCAGCGAUGCUGCCAGGCAACGUUGUCAGUGUUAUGAAGAUGUGCGGGCUGGCUCGCUGUAAGCGUGUUUGGCAGACAGAUGAAAUCACUCCGUGGCUUAUUGCCUUUCCGAGCAGCAGUACAGCACGUUUGUCGAUGUGCUAGUAACCGAAGUCGUAAUUACUUCAAACUCAAAGUGCCAUUGCAGAGAAAACCGUGAGUUAGCGCUUUACUUGACCCCCCCCUCGUCAUAAGGCCGACAUAACGCUGUCAUCAACAUGACUUAACAGCUGUCACAAGAUAGCAUAACAAAUGAGGUCACUUCCUGUCAAAUUGUAUAACUCGUACUUUUUUCGGUAAAUGUUAUGACCGAUUCUCCAAUAAAGGUAUGAAUUGUGUCAUUUGACAUAACCUGACAUCAUGUUAUGCCGUCUUGACCGCUGUUGUGUCAUGUGAAUGACAGUGUUAUGUAAGCCUUACGGCGAGGGGUUCAAGUGGUGUUACUGUAAUUACCAGCCUGUGAUUGAUGGUUACUGCAGCCAUUCUCUUAGCUGCUGCAGGUUUCCAGCCAGGAUCACUCGUUCGGUCUAGAAAACACCUGUGUGCUCUACCAGUAUUAGAUUUUGUUCCUUUUUUUUUGUCGCAUUUGCUUAUUUUUCUGCAAUUGCAGUGUCUGCUUUGUACUUAAACCCUUUUGAAGAAAUGCUGCUUCCGUGCUUGAAUCCAGGUUGACCACGUGUUUGCGGUGCUGUUCACAUGGACUAGAACUUGUAAUGCUUUCCUGUGUGAUGUUACCAUAUGCCUUACAUGUUUCUCCAAUUAAUAAAAAGCUUAACACAAAAA